AUGCUCUCAAAGCGGCUCCGACCUAGUCAGUCAAGCGAGAGCAGAGGCUUCUUCGGUGCCCACUCGCGCUUCUCCACGGAUAGCGACCGACCAGCAACAACGUCCUCUAUUGACGAUAGCGCUCUUUGGAGGAGCGUGAAGCGGCGCAGGAUCAUUGAAGAGCUUGUCAUGACUGAAGAAAGCUAUGUCUCGGAUUUAAAAGCUUUGGUUUACCUGAUCUCCACGCUGCUUGCUUCAGCAACAACUCUGCCACAUCGCGUGAGGAAUCUAGUGCAGCGAAACAUCUUGGACAUUCUGCAUCUCCACGAAGGUCUCGUCGACAGCCUGCACAACGCUGCAUUCAGAGCGGCAGCACGCAAAUGGGCCGAUACGCUGGCACCUAGGAAGAUGGGAGCCCCACGACAUACGACGGCCGUCUCGCGAAGGAAAGCCCGGAUGGUAGGCGUAGAUCCAGGUGAUCUUACCGAGAUACUUGGUGUCUUCCGCAAGACGAUGGUGCAUUUCUUCUUCUACGAGGAAUAUUGUGCGAACCACGAAAUCAUCGCACACGACCUUCAGCGACAUCUCCCGAAUCUUUGGUCGACCUACAGUUCUGGCAUAGAGUCUCUUGCCAGAUCGCUGACCGCCAUCGGCCAGAAGAACGGCGACGGCCGGAAAGCACUGACGGUGAGCGACCUUCUCAUCAAGCCGAUUCAGAGAGUAUGCAAGUAUCCUCUUCUGUUUGAUGAGCUGUUGUCCUAUACACCAGUUUCGGAUGAUCCGAUAGUCCACGCAGAACUGGAGACUCUACUUCAGGGCCUGCGAGACGUCGUUGAAUCCGUCAACCAUGCCACCCAGAAUCCAGAGACCAGGCUUCAGAUCCAUCGCAGGUGGUCGUUGCGAGCCCACCUUACCUUUGAUCGCGUCAGUCUCUCGCAGGACGACUUUCGCUUAUUAGGCAACGUCUCACUGUGCGGAGUGUUACAUGUCACGUAUCAGACACGGCAUGGCGUUACAGGAGCCUACGCGUGUUGUGUGCUCUAUCAGCACAGCCUCUUACUUGCGCUGCCGACAGCUGCAGCAGCCAAAUUCGAUGUCGUGGCAUUGAUACAUCUACAGGAUCUCAAGGUCGACUCUGCCAGCGAUGGCAAAGGUUUGCAAUCGCCCUCGGCCUUUCACACAUGGAAGUUGUCGUUUGCCAUAGAGGGUAACCUACAUGAGUUCCUGCUGUCCGCAGCCUCGGCGGUAGAAGAGGAUCAAUGGAAGAAGGGCCUCAAGGGUGAGCUAGCUGCGCAAUCUCGUUCCAGUACCAUCGCACGACAGGUGCAAAGCUGUCUCGCACUCGAGCUGAGAUCUACGGGCGUCGUCUAUGCACAGCACGGCUCGCUAGCGCGAAGGCUGUCGGUGCAGAGAGCCGCAACGGUCGGAAACCGAGCAAGCAUCUCGCAAGUCAUUAUACGUAAUACACACAAUCCCGAGGAAUGGCACGAAUUUCGUCAGCCUUCAACAGCUGCUAUUAAUCGAUCACAGUCACACAUGACCUCCAAUCGAAUUGUUGUGUUGGCACCCAAGAGAAGCGAAAGAGCCCGACUAGAGUCAAUGCUGGGCGAUGUCUGGACGAAAAACAUGUUACCAUAUCCAGGCAUGAUAGCUAGUCGUGGCGGUCAAAUUAUACGCGCUUCUGCGGGAUCACUUGCACGAAAACUGAGUUUGGCAUCACUGCAAGGCUCCUUCAGCAGAAGAUCUGCAAGCUUAUCGAUCUCAACGAAGAAAUCUCACGAGACUUUGCGCGAGACCAAGACGGAGAGGGAUCGCAUUCCGACAUUCGAGAUCCGUCGAGACAGUAUGGACGACCGUCCGACUCCGAGACGCAAACGGCAGACGUCCCACGAUGUACCGGAGCUGGACAGCAUGGACACUGUCGUUAGCCGGAUGAUCGGAGACGCACUGCCUGUCCACAAGGCACCUAUGACACCGAAGGAUGAUGGGAUAGUUCGUACUGGCGUGCUCCACAAACAGCCUGUUCAGGUGACUAGCCUGCCAGUUGGUCCUGAUGAUUCAGCACAUGCGUUCUAUCCGGAGGAGGUGGACAAGAUGCAAAACACCGUGAGUGUGGAGGAGGCAUUGGCGGGUAAGAGUAAGAAGAGAUGGAGCAAUCCCAUGGGCAUACUGAGAGGCCGUGCAGCUGAAGGUUUCAGAAACAUGCUCUAUUCGAGCAGAUGA